CACUGGCACUUUCGCGGGGUUUCGGGGAGAGGUGGGAGGGCUAGCUGGGCGCGGGUGGCGCCUCUGCUCGACAUCCUAGAACGCUAGGCUCUGAUGCCAUGAAUAGUCUGCAUGUGAACAUUGAGUUCAAGUCGGUGGGACUACUGGUGGAAAGAAGCUCAGCAAAUGGAGGUUUGCAGGAUUGGGGCCCUUUUUUGCCCCCAGUUAAAAUUGUAUUUUCAGUGUUUAAAGGUGUGUGGUUUGUUAUUGGAUGGUAGGAAGUGUGCCUUAUGAUCAAUGUCUAACAGCAAAGUCGUUCAUAUGUCUGUGGCAGUAAGAUGACCCUGCUCCAAACACAUUCAUUUUAAGUUCUUUAUCAUCUGGAAAUACAAGCUGCUUUGCAGAGGAUGUGGACCACUAAAAGAAUAUGUAAUACUCAAAGGCAAUGGAUUAAACUGAAAGAAGGUAGACUUCGUGGUUGCAUACUUCUAAAAUGUCAGCAGUUUCGGACUGGUGUUUUGAACUACAGCAGUCUAAAAACCACACGUUUUAAAUCCACAUGUAGUAUUUCUUGGGGAAAGGCUGAGCAGAUGAUAAUGGACAUGAUAGCAACUGUUAAUGCAGAAGGAGUUAAAAUAGCAUCUGGAAAGGAUCCCAAGGAACAAUGCGAUGAAAAACAACAUAUACUGAAAGAAAAAAUGAAACAUCUCAAUCUAUCAUUUGCAGCUUGUGGGUUUCUGGGUAUAUACCACUUGGGGGCAGCAGCUGCUUUUUACAGGCAUGGUGAGAAGUUACUGAAGGUUGUGAAGGCUUUUGCAGGAGCUUCUGCGGGAUCGCUGGCUGCCACAGUUCUGUUAACAGCGCCGGAAAAAAUAGAGGAUUGUAAGGAAUUUACCUAUAAUUUUGCAGAAGAAACUAGAAAAUUGGACUUUGGCGCAGUAACGCCAGGUUACGAUUUCAUGAAAAGACUUAGGGGAGGUAUAGAGUCUAUUCUUCCUUCUGAUGCUCAUGAGAUAGCUGGGAAUCGUCUCUAUGUAUCAAUCACCAACACUAAAAAUGGAGAAAAUUACUUGGUUUCAAAUUUUGCCUCUAGGGAGGAUCUCAUUAAGGUCCUCUUAGCAAGCAGUUUUGUGCCAAUAUAUGCAGGAAUAAAAGCAGUGGAAUAUAAAGGAGAGAAAUGGAUUGAUGGUGGUCUUACCAAUGGCCUCCCUAUCCUGCCUGUGGGAAGGACAGUGACUAUUUCUCCUUUCAGUGGUCGAUUAGAUAUCUGUCCACAAGAUAAAGGCCAUGUAGCUCUCUAUGUUAAAGUUGCAAAACAAGAUCUAAUGUUGUCCGUAGAUAACUUGAUAAGACUUAAUCAAGCUCUGUUCCCACCAAGUCAGAAGAAAAUGGAAUCAUUGUUCCAAAAUGGAUUUGAUGAUGCUGUACACUUCCUAUUAAAGGAAAACUGGUUUGAAUAGGUUGUGCAUACAAAAUUAACAGUUAGAUGGUGUUCAAAGCUAAGCUUCAUAUUUCAUGCAGGAUCUGCGGAGUAGCUGUUAUAAUUGCUGUUUAUCAAGUGCUAGAUAAAUGGCACCCAUUGGCAUCAACAGUGGGGGGGCCUUUAUCUGGAAUUCGUAUGUGUGACCAAGUGGACAUUGUUCUCAUGGUGAAUUAAGCUGCUGUUUGUGAAGGUGUUAUACUAAAAUAUAUUAAAUUUGUUAUAGCUGGUCAGAAUGUGUAGCAUGUAUAACUAUUGAAGUUAUUGGGUGAUAUUCUAGGAAGGUCUUGAAAAUGUUUCUAAUGUUAAUCAUUUAAGAAACUUAUUCAGGUUUCUUAUUCCUAAAAAUAUGCAUUGUUCCUAGUUUUCUUAAGUUUUGAAUAGUCAUUUUGAAUCCUGUUUUUGUGCACGUUACAUUGACUGGCUACAGUACUGCUAUUUAUUUUGACUCCAAAAUCAGUUUUCUACAGUAUAUUUUCAAGUAUGGAGUCUAAUUAAAGAGACUGUAGGGAGGAAAACCCAAUUUAAUUGCAUUUAUUAUAAUUUGUCAUUAGCGUUUAUUGGCUAUUAAAUCGGUUCUUUGUCUCUCUAAGUUCUGUAAUGUCCAUCUGCUUCAGAAUUUUAAAAAUGUAAUACUUCUGUAAAUGUAAUUCAGGCACAACCUUUUAAAAAUAUAUUUUCAUGCAGUUUUUCUUUGUGUACUAAAUUUUAAUAAACGAAUGUAUUUUUGGAA